CUGAAGCUGCAUGUGUCCAAUGAACAAUGCUUAGCUAAAGAUAUAGCACUGGCUUCACUAUCACCCUUCGAAUCAUGUCAUUACAACAAUCAUAAUGUAAACUCGAUGUUGUUGUUGACAAACGUAAUGAUUACUAACUCACUCUUGAGGUAUGUCUCCUCCACCUCACGUGCUGCUCUCUCUUCCCUCCUCACCCCCAACUCCAUCCUCCAGUAG